AUGGCAGAGUCUGUACGUGUCGCUUUACACGGUUCUAUUGUCAUAGGGGACUUUGUCUAUAUCGAUGGCGGCCUUCAAGCUCAACGAGUCAAUGGACAGUUUUCCAACUUGUCUUUGAAUACAAAGACUCUCUCCAUCGAUAUGCGCACAUCAUGGACCAACACUACAGUCAAUGUUUCUUCUAUCGACAACGAUGGCUCCCCUCCUUUUUUCCACUGCUCUCACUGGCCCGAUGAAAGCUCUGGUUCUUUCUACUCUUGGACUGGCGAAGUGCCUGCCGGGUCUAUGGUUCCACAAAAAAGCUUUUGGAAAUUUACUUGCGAUGGGAAGGGGGGAGGAAAGUGGACACGGCAGCCGGAUACGGAUACUUUCCAACAGCUCACGUGGCCCGUGAGCGGAUACAGCACUACCGUGGACGGAGCAGACAAUGUGGGCUUCGAGACCGCAGAUAUUAUUCCUGUUCCAGGUGUUGUGUCAUACAAUUUCUCCACGAGCCAGUGGAAUAACAAAUCGACAGAACGAUGGAACCAAUAUGGAACUGGAAUAUUCGGACAAGCGGCAGAAGUUCCUUUUGCGGAAGGACUGCUUGUUUUAGUCGGCGGUGAAAGCGGAAGCCGAACAUCCAUAACCAACAAAGGUGGCUACAUUGAUUUUCGCAGCUUAUCUAUAUACGAUACCGCGACCGGAAACUGGUAUUUACAAGUUACCACAGGCGAAGCCCCAAGCAUUCGGGACAGCUUUUGCCUAGCCGGUGUUAGGGGCGAAAACUCAUAUGAGCUAUUCAUAUUCGGAGGAUGGCUGCGGGCUGCGGGCGAGCUAUAUAACGAUUCCUACGUUCUAUCCCUACCAGCAUUUCACUGGUUCAAAGGACCAACAAAUACACCGCCGCGCAAAGGUCAUACCUGCCAUGCAGUAGGUGGCGGACAGGUCAUUGUUAUCGGGGGAUACAAUCGCGUCGUCAACGACACUUUGGUUUGGGAAGAGCAAGACCCGUGGGAUCAUGAGCUGGGGAUCUUCGACUUGACGGCCAUGGAAUGGAAAGAUCGCUACAAUGCUACCGCUGCAGCUUACGAGUCCCCUAAAGAAGUGAAAAGCUGGUAUGCUGAUGCGAAGAAUCCUGAGCCCAACUGGACAUCGGAGACUGUUAGAGCACUUUUUGCAAGAAUGACUCCGAUGGACUCUUCGGCAACGCCUCCAAAGAAUCCAACAAUAUCAUCGAGUGCUGUAUCAUCCUCAAGCACGCACAAAUCCUGGACUGCUAUCAUUUUAGGAACAGUAGUUGGUAGCAUAACCAUGGUGGUUUCACUUGCUGUCCUUCUGGUCCUUUAG